CCGCUAACAGCUGAUCUACAGUCUAAAAAUAGCUUUGUACUGGAAGUACUACAGCUGAUCUCAAGGUAACUAUGAAGAUGACGUAGAUGAGAAUGGUUGUUUAACACUACAAACUGUCACUGAUAUCUGUCUAUAUGAAGGAUGAUACUGUAGAUUAGACCUCAAUGCAAACUGUGGAAGAACAACGUCAGCCUUCAGGUGUGAGGCAAGCGAUGACUACCAAAUGUGGUGUACGAGCGCCCACCUGUAAGGUUUGUGGUGACGAGUCAUCUGGAUAUCACUAUGGCGUCGACUCGUGUGAGGGAUGUAAGGGUUUUUUUCGUCGCUGUAUUACCCAAGGGAUGACACAUAAGUGCUCAAAUGACGAGAAGUGCGAGAUAACACCUUUCACGCGAAACAGCUGUCAGUACUGUCGUCUCAAAAAAUGUUUCUCAGUGGGCAUGUCCAGAGAAGCAUCAAGAUUGGGACGGAGACCAAAGCGUUUAAAAGACUCUAAUGGAGAGAACAAAUCCCAAGGGUCUGGGAAUCUGCCAGCCAUAGCACCUUAUCCUCCAACUCAAUCCGAUUUGUACAAACUGAAAAUGGCAGAGUUACAAACGCUGCUUCAACAGAAUGGCACAUUUAAGUCUGAGUUGAUGCAGGCCUUCCUGUCUGCAGCUCAGGCAAGCUUCAAGGAGCACCAACGUAACCCUAGCUCUAAUGACAGCGAGGAAAGCAAAAGCAAAGCCAGACCCCAGGCAGGAGGGGAAUCGGGGUACUCAAGCUUCAGUAGCCCUGGUAGCAGCAAAAGCCAUUCUCCCAUAGGCGAGUUCAAUAACUCUCCAGGAGACAUGGCUUUCAACAACAACCCAGAAUUACCGCAUGACAACAAAAAUGACAUUGACCUGGCAACCAUCAAUCUUGUUGAUGAGAAUAUGUUGUCGGAACUUGAGAGCCCUGACAAUUUCAAUGUCUUGAGUAUCAAGUCUGAACCCUCCAAUCUGUCGUGUAGUGGGGGGAACAUGGUCAGUUCUUCUAACGAUGGGGCAAAUUUUAUGUCAGUUGCCAUGUGCACAAAUCAAAACCCAGAUGCUUCACCUCAAUUCCCCAACAGUGACCCAUCGUUCUUGCCCGAGAUGUCCACACAAAAUGACAAUGAAAAAGACAGUGACAAAGAAUUUGAACGCAUGAUGGCUAGCAUUACCCAGACACCGUCCGAGCUGAGAAAAGUAUUAAUCCAGCAGGUAACCGAGAAUGUUUACGCAGCUCACAUGGACACGUGCAAGCCAACCAAUGAGAGGGUAAAGGAGGCUAAUGCUCGGGUGGCAGGCAACAAGUCUGCAAUGCCUGACUUCAGUGAACUUUCUCUAGACCCUGGCAUGAUGUGGAAACAGUUCCUACAGAACAUGGUACCAGAGAUCACACAGGCAGUCAAAUUUUGUAAAAGAAUUCCUGGUUUUAGUGAGAUCAGCCAGGAAGACCAGAUUCUUUUGAUUAAGCAAGGAUCUUUUGAGAUACUGGCCUGUCGUAUGUGUAACUUGGUAGACGUGGAUUCACAAGAGAUGUUUGACCCAGAUAUGAAAAUGAAAUGUCCCAGGAUGGUGAUACAGUCAAUGCCAAUGGGGAGUUUCAUGGACGAGUUUUUCAUUGUGGCAGGAGAGCUGAACCCGCUAUGUCUCUCAGAUGUAGAAAUUGCACUCUUUUCAUCUAUUUUGAUUAUUUGUCCUCAUCGCCUUAACCUAAAGAAUGCAAAAGCUAUUGACAAACUACAAAUACUGCUGCUUCAGUGCCUUUAUCAUCUCAUGCUUACUUCACAAGGAGAAGAAGGUGUAAAUAAGGUGUUCACGAAGACGAUAUCACUCAUACCAUUCUUUAGGAACCUUAACAACAAGCAUUCCGAGGUGCUCAACAGCAUGAAGCUGCAGGGCAUGGAGCAACAGAAAGAUUUUCCUCCACUGCAUCAAGAAGUCUUUGAUGGAAAUUUCUCAACAGACUAAAUGAUGACUGGCAGGAGCUGCAAUCUGUCCACACACUGUCAGAAUAGUGCUCUUAACUUACUUAGUGUGAUAGUCACCUUCCAAGAUAGAUUGUCACUGAUUGUGUUUUUUUGGCAUUAUUUGUUACCUUUACAAUGGAUUACCAUCCUGGUAAUAUUUUACAGUGGAUUAGCAUUGUGGUAAUGCUUAAGUGGAUUAGCAUUGUGGUAAUGCUUAAGUGGAUUAGCAUUGUGGUAAUGCUUAAGUGGAUUAGCAUUGUGGUAAACUUUACUUUGGAUUAGGACGUGUUCCUACCUUAUAAUAGACUGGCAUUGUGGUAACAUCUACACCAGAUUAGCAGCUGUGCUAAACUUGAUGAGCCUUCCAUUAUGCCACAGACUAUUAAUGCUUCUUCAUGUCCCUGGGAUAUUGGUGUCAACACCUCAGCGACAUAUUGUAAGCUCCUUCAGAUUGAGAGUAUUAGUACAGUCAUCUUGGUUAUGGAAUAAAGACAUAGAGACACUUUCUCCAAUUUGUAUAAUGUUGUCUUCGGGGACUCACCACUUGGUUGAUAAGCACUAGCGUUUGGGACAGUGCACCUGUUGGAAUAGCUGGAUAUUCUGUACAAGGUGUCCCGAUAACAACUAAAUGAGCACGUUAAUCUGAACAGCAAAUUACACACAACUCUAUGUGUCUCUUUCGAAAGGCGAUUAUAAGAGAUAUCUUUGUUUUGCACAAUACUACACAAUAUAAUGGUACUGUCUCCUUUACUUUGACUAAGGACGAGUCCACAGUGUUGUUUUAGAGCAAGUAUUGCUGUUGUGAAGACAUAAGUGUUGGUGAUGAAUAAUGGACAAUGUAUUCAUUUCCUGAAACUAACUACACAUGCCAGGUAGAAAUUAUAAAUUGUUAAUGAAAGUUCGUAAAUUGUUGUAAAGGAUGGCAUGGAUACAACAUGUAAUAUGUUCUGAUGUUGUGUGCUGGAUUUGACCCAGUUUGAGGUGGUUAAGUUCCAGAGAAGAUCAUAAAUACAUAUGGACCGAAGGCUCUGCCUCUUGAGGUACUGAACACUGAUGUGUUGGACUUGCCGGAGACUGAUAGUGCUAUCGUUGUGUGGAAAACCCUUUAUAUCAUUACCUUGUGUGGCAAGUUUUGUGAGGUGAAUAUUAUACAGUUGAACUUUUUUAUGAUCAUUUGAUCAAUUUGAAAAUGAUAUUUGUUAAUAUCUGUUAUGACCGGUUACAAAGCUGAAUGUGAUGAGAGAUUUUAAGCUACAUGUCUAUAGGAGAUACUUUUUUAUGGUAACUGUUUUAUGUAGAGUAGAAAUUUCUUUAUACAUAGUGUACAAUGUAUAAAGAAAUAUUAGAAGAUUGACUGAAACUACAUAGUCAAAUACAAGAUAAUUUAAAAUUUAAGCAUAGAACUUUUAUCCAGUCUGAUGACUGAUCUUAAAAAUUUUAAGUCCAACAACAUAAUUAAUUAGAAACAAAACAAAAUUUCUUUAUUAUAAUAUUAUAACAAUUUUAAAUGUCAAGACGAUGUGUACAUCAUACAGAAUUAUGAAUUUUACAGUUCUCGGUUUUAAACAUUGUUUGUAGUCUUUUGAUAAUUAUCCUGGUAAAAGUCAAUGGUAUAUGAUUCAGACUAAAGUAAAUUAAACCAGGAAGAGUUUCAAAAACAGAAAUGAAUGACAGCUCUCCAAGACAAAGACCCCCAGGUUUUUAUGUAGUAGUACCAGAAACAUAGAUAUUUGAAACUUCUUAAGAUAUUCUCUAGAAAUAAAACUAAAUUCAUACCUUUUCUUGAAUGUGCACCUCCUUAUGUGUUAGGUGACAGUCAGUGGUCAGCCUUUUUAAUAAUGACUUUCGUGGUUGACUAAUGGUAAUGUGUGAAAGUGGCACCAGGUUUUAGGUUACUUAAUCUUCUCUGUGGAAGUGUGUAGGUGACACAGUAAUGGGUUUGUUUGAUCAUCAACUAUUUACCUUGGUAAUAAUUUUCCAUGUAAUAUGCAAUCACAGCUAUAUUUCCCAAUAAUAAUGCAUGUAGAAGCAGUGUCUAGUUGUUCAGGUUGAAAGGGGCAUCACAUUGUUGAAGCUAUUUGUAUUUAUAUCAAUAUAAAACUAAAUGAAAAUAGUGUAUUUUUCUGAAAUAGUGAAAGUUAUUGACUUCACACUAAUAUUGCAGUUGAAAUUCAAAGCUAACUCAUAGUUACAAAAAACAAAACUUUGACCAGAAGCGCCCGGAUUAAUCCAAACAGUGAAUAUAAACCUGUAUUUUCUGUUAAAUUCCAUGCCUUUUUCAUCAUUGUUGGGCAUGUGUAUAAGAAUGAGACUCAUUUAGACAAAAAAAUUGAAAAACAAUGGCAUAGCAUAAUUCUAGCUUCGCUUAAAAGAAUGCCCCUGUAACCAAAGAGAAAUUAAUGAUGGAGUUAUUAGUGAUAUUGGAAUACCACAGCUUCUUGUUUCUCUACAAAUGCAAAUCAAACAAUACCAAAGUAGAUUUGAUCUUCUACAUAGAUAGAUACCUCUAUAAGAAGACUAUGACCUCUAUAGUUCUUGAUCAAACUAAAACCUAGAAAUGAUAUUUUGAAGGGGAAGUAACUCAUUGAUACUGUUAAAUGGCAAUAAAGAUAGGAAAUUUUAGGUCACAUUUCUACACUGCAUUGUAUAUUCUUUAUCCUUUUAUUACUGGGUUUCAACAAAAAUUAGAAAUAUUUUAAUUAGCCUGUAUAUCUUGUUUGAUAAUAAUUACACUUUUCAAUUGAAAGCUAGCAAGAUUGACUUGCCUCCUGAUGAAUUACUGAAUCAUAAUCACUGAGCAUCAUGUAUAUGGUUGAUAAGAUCUAGGAGCAAAAAUAAAACAAGAGCAAAAUCAUACUAGCUGGCACAUUUUGGUUUGAAAAAAAUUUGUUUUUGGCAUUAUAUAUGAAAAAAAAAAACUUAAAUACUACAUGUAGCUGCUAAAAGGUCUCUGUGACGUUGUAUGUAUGUGGCUGUUAAUUGAUUUUAUCAUAAAAUGUAUGUGAUAUUUUGUGAUGAGAACAAAGAUUGAUUGAAUGUUCCAUUUUAACCUCAUCUUUAUACAUUGUUUGCUAUGUAAUAAUUGAUUCUUAUAGUGCUCAUUUUAAAAUUGUGUGAGUCGAUAUGCUGUGACCUCUGUGCACACUUGCUCAGUCAGACUUUCCUUUUUCUGAUUUUUAACUGUAAUUUUAAUUUUUGAACUCACUGUAAAUUGUAUAUUUUCGAAAAGAAAAAGAGAGAAAAAAAAACAAAAAAAAAAACACCAUUGUAAUUAACAAAGGUCUCGUUACUUAUUAGUGCUUUCUCGUAUUAUUUAUAUAUUAUUGAUAUUAUGUAAUAUUAAAGAUACAUGUUACACAUUGUAUGUGUACCCCUUCAUGUUUUGAAGUUAGAAAUACAUUUAUAGAUAUUUCUGCAUGUAACAGUAAUAUAUCCCCUGGUAAUGUACUUGGAGAAAAGAUAUCAUUUUCAAUGAAUUCCUAAAAUUGAUUAUUCAUUUCUGAAGGACUAUUAACUUGUACCAUAUAUUUCUGGACAAUUCUUUUUGGAAAUUGAAAAAAAAAUAAUAAAAAAAAUCUUCCUUUGAAGGGAGUUGAAAUAAGUGCUGUAUUUAAGUCCUUUGGAAGUUUGGUAGUGGAGCUCUUUUUAAUUGGUGUUAAAAAGUUACCAAGUUACAUAGAUCUUCAGUAUGUUGUUUCAACUCAAUUAAAACAAUGCAAGAUGAUUAUUGCCAGAAAGAAAGUGGAUAUGUCUUGGAUGAUGUCAAAUAAUGUAUACAGUUGUUGGGCAGGGAUAAUUACCAUUGUGCCUAAAAUUAGGACAGGUUUGUCUUCGAAUCAAUAUUUUGUAUGACUUUGAUUAACCAAGAUACAUUCUGUAUAGCUAAACUGAAAGAAACAAGUGAAAUUAAAAUUUGUGUGUCCAUUAACUUUACUUAUUUUAUUGGUGACUAUAUAUAUGUAGUAUAUAGGUUUAAGUUUUGUUCUAACCAAAACUACAGAAACCCUUCAAAUUGUAACAACACAUGGUUUAACUUUUCAACCAAACUUUGCCUUGGUUUCAAUCCAAAAUCUUUGAAUUAGAUAAUGUAUAUGUGCUAAUUGGUUGUAAUGAAUAUUAAAUGAUCUCACAAGUUAUUAGGAGUCUUGACAUAAUGAAAUGAUACAAGGAGUUGUGUACAUGUGGCUACACAAUGAAUAUAUAAAAUUACCAUAUAUAGAGACUCAUUUAUAUUCUGAAAAAAAGGUAUUUCUUUGUUGGAUUAUUUUCAUAGUUAUUACUGAGUGAAUGGUUGUGUGUUAUAUAUCUUUUAUCAUGUGUAAUCCCAAUCAUAAACAUCUUUGAUUCCUGUAUAACAGGUAUGCCAACCUUCAUAUAGCCACUGGUCAGGACUGAUCAACAGAUCAAUCCUUAACUCUCCCCUUUAAAUCUUACAUCUGAUUUUGUACUGGAAUUUUCCAACAAUAAAUUGGUCCCAAUUUAUAAAAAAAAAAUAUGUGCUUUCUUCAGGAUCUGUAAUUAAUCGAACGAGGUGGUUUCUUGAUAGAAGUUGUCUCCCUUUAGAGGAGAUCUUUCAACAGAGGUGUUUGGCAUCUUGACAAAUGUGGUCUCAACCGAUUCUGAGGUGGUCCUUCAACAUGUGGGAGAAUAGGGGGACUUCUCUUCUCUUGGGAUAGAAAUAUGACAACCUAGACUCUCUAAGAGAAAGGAUUUUAUUUAGAGCUGUGCAAGAGUGAACUAAUGCCUGGAAGUUAGCCAAAUCCAACUUAAAAUAUUUCACAUUUGUAAAAUCUUUAUAUAUUUUGGUCAAAUCUAGAUUACUUGAUAACAAGAUUUGCACUAUGUAUUCAGUCUAUUGCUUACAUGCUGUAAACGCAUACUAUUCUAGCAGUUAUCUUAGUACUUGUGUCCUGAAAGUAUUUCACUUAAUAUGAGUGUGCUAAUUGAAGUUUCUCUCUGCUGCAUAUUUAUUACGUUUUUGCCAGUGAAAUAAAGCGAUAUAUGCAGACUUAAGCCAAUGAGAAAAGAGAACACAAAUCAUCUGAUAGAAUUGAUAAAUAAAAAAAAACACAAAACCAGACACCUUAAGGGGUUGUUUACUUGUGACACAACCAUCGAUUCCAAGGUAAACAUUCAUUUCUGUGAAAGUCAGCAAACAAUGCAACGCAAGUUACCUUAUCAGAGAACAAAUCUACUUCCCAACUGAACGCCUUGAAUGUGGAGCUAACACCUGAGAUGUUUCUAGGGGAUUCGUGUUAUCAACAGCAACAGCUGUAGGUUACCACCAUAUUUUCAGUCGUGUAGUAACUUGACACAGGUAAAACUCCCUUUGAAUGUUUUACAGCAAAUUUUGUCUCUUAGUGACAUGAACACAUUAUACUUUCUAAGUGAAUAUGAAAAUAAAUUUACAAUGAAUUUUAUUUUUAUUUUAUUUUUAUUUUGAAUGACUUAAAAAUAAAAAAAUGGUCUAUAAAUUGUCGCGUACUGCAAAGCUAUAAUAAGUGAGUAGUGUCUGCGAAAAGCCUUGUCAGCUUCCUCGUUUCAUAUUUGUUCUAAACAUGCCAGUAAUUUGGCUAUUUUGCUUGUGAAAAUUUAAUAAAUAGAAUAUCUAACAGUGUCUUCAGUUAUAACAAAUAUUUUUCACUUGUGUGACUAAUAUUUUUGUAUCUUUCAUGAGGGCUGCUCGUGAAAGAUACUAAAAUACUAGACACACUUAUGAAACAUAUCUGGUACUGAAGACAUUAUUACAUAUCCUCUAUAUAAUAAUUAUCAUGAAUUUAUCAUUGCAUGAACAUGCCAGUGAUUAUGCACUAAAGUUUGAUUUGUGCCAAAUUAAGUACGUUUACAGCAUGUGAAUAAUAUCUUAGAACAUUUGUCUCCUUUUACAUGCACUUUUAGGCUUCAGGUAGGCUUUUAUCAAUGAAAGAAAAUUCUUAAUGUAUAUUUUCAUGUUUUGUUGCAAUGCCAAGGUACUGUGUGUUUAAUUUCAAAAUAUUUUACCAUUUUCAGUGGAAAAAGGGUGAUAGUGUUUUUUAUUCUAUCUAAAAUCGAUUUCAUAUUUUGUCAAGUUGAAGUACUGUCAUCAAACCCACAAGAUGCUGUUCUUUCGUUUGAGUUAAUGAAGUACUGUAGGAGUUGCAUUCAGGUAGCAGCUAAUGAACUUUUAUAUUUACCUGUAAUUGAUAUAUAACAAGUUUUAAUUUGUGUAGAUUCUAUUAAUACAUAUACAUUUUCUUCUUUCCUGUUUCUUUAGAAUGCCAUCGAUAUUUUAGGAAAUUUUUACUGAUGUUAAUUAUUUCCAAAUGGAGACAUAUCAUGCGUACAUGGCUCGUAUAUACAUUGUCUACUUGACAAAUAUUAAUACGCUGUGGUGUCCCAAAUUGAACUAUUUAUGAUGAAACAUGUAUAUACUGCAUACCAUCCAUAGAACCUCAGAUGACUGUAUUUAUAUUGACUUGGCAUAUACAAAGCCUAAUGCAUAGUAACGGGGUACUUUAUAACAGGAAUGGUCAGAACUGUCAAAAUAUAUGCUCAUAUAUUUGCAAACAUUUAGUACCAGUGAAGAUUUAUAUAACUUUUUGAAUGUGUAUCAUGCAUUUUUCUCCUGAGAUUGACAUAUUUUAAGUUUGGUGUGCAUUUCCCAUCAUCAUCAUUCAGUGUAUGUAUAUAUCUUACCUAUGGUAUUAUUGAGCGAUUUGCUUAUAUGUAAACAACUCCCAUUAUGUUUUGUAAUUAGCAGUCAUGAGGUACAUAGUACCUAGUCAACUUGAUCCACCUCUCCCAUUCUGUUUAAGUACAGACAUUGCAAAAUACAAAUAUACACAUUCUUGGUGGGGGAAUCUCGGAGGUUUUACAUUUUAAAAUCCUGACACUUUUAGAAGGCCAAUUGGAACUUUUAUUCUGACCCAAAAUAUAAAUAACCCUGAAAAAAUAUAUUGUCAUAUAUUGAUAGUUCCUUUUCACUUUAAAAUUACAUCUUCAUUUUUUUAAACUGAAAUAAGUUUUUUAACCUUGAAAAUUUCACAGCUUUGAUGAUACAAAGUACAGAAAAAACAAUUCAUAUACUGUAUACCUGUGUACAACGGGACAUUUUCUCCACAGCUUAAACUUCACCUUUCUCGCCCAUGAACAGGGAGGCAAACUUAAGAUGGAGUGAAAAUUUGUAACAAUUAUAUCACCCUCUCAUAAAAUCCAUGGAGGGCAAAUUCAUAUAUAAUGGUACAUGGGUGAUCGUAACUUAUUUUGUAUGGCAAAAAUAUCCUGAUUUACAGUAAUCUUAUGAUGAAAUUACAGAACCAGAUUGCAUGAGAUUUAUGUAAUUUUUUACCAUAGUUGUCCUACUUGACUGUUCAAUUCAGCUUUUGAGAUGGUAAAAGUUGUAAUUGGUAAAUAUAUAGAAUGUAUACAGUAAUUGGAUUUUUGUGGAUUUUUUUUUAUAGAUCAUCCAAAAUUUUCACAAAAGCUUCAUCAUGUCUAUGAUUGUUUCAAACUGUGCAUCAUCUGAAGUGAAGUGUUGAUCAGCUUUGUUACAGUACUUAAAACAGUGAUCAGGGAAAGUUUGAAUCAAAAUAACAAAAUGGCAUUCUUGUUGAUUAUACAGGUACCUCUAAAUAUUGAAUGUACGGAGUACAGUAUGCGCCAUAUAUUUAUAGGGCUGAUCUGGUAACAAGUGUAUGUACUUGUACAUAAUAUAACAAAUACUGUUUGUUAAUAUGUUUAACAAUCAAGUUCUCUGUCAACCUGUUAUGUAAUAAACACAUUAAUAUUUGUUUAUUAUAAAUUCAGUUAUUUUUUAACUGUCAUGUGACUAAGACAAAAGAGGAGUUUUGCAAACAUUUUUCAUGAAUACUAAAAAUGUCUGAUGAAAAUGGAUGUUUUUAAUUGUACAACAUAUAUUUAACAUGCCACGCUCAAGGAAAUCAAGCACAUAUUUAACUGCUGUGGUUGCAUACCUCACUUCUCAACUGUCCAAAAAUUGGUUGUAAAACAGCAUACACUGUUAUCCUUGAGAUUAGUUUCCACGGACAAACUAAUGGGUUGGCCCAUUUAGCAGCUUCAUCAACUGCUGUCAUUUGUAAUUACAGUUCAUCAAUAACUGUGCAUGUGCAGUAAUAAAAUUGGUAAAACCUG